CUUAAUAUGACUAGGUAUCUAGUUCUUUUAGUAAAAUUUAUACUUAGCCACCGAGGAUUAACCUAUAUAAGAUUCUCUAUCUCCAGUCUGAAAUUUUGUGCAAGUAUAAAUAUAUUUGACACAAGUAACUUGAUCGAAGUCACGUACAUUUAUUUAGGGAAUCUGAAUGGGGUUUCAGCUCUUCAAGACUCCUGGUCACGGAUCAUAUGAUACCGACCCCUUGCUCGAGGCAGCAACGACUUCCGCCGCCACAUAUAGCAGAGAUCUGGAAGCCGAUGACAGCGACAGCGAUGAUGAUAAUGACGAAAACCAAGAUGUGAAGGAUGCACGCACCGAGAGGCUCCGCGAUACAGGAGGGUGGCUCGGAUACCUGAGAGACUUCACGAUUUUCUUACCCUACGUAGUGCCUCGUCGGGAUUUCAAGGUGCAGCUUUGCCUGCUCAUCUGCAUCAUCACACUCGUUUUAGAGCGUCUCAUGCAAGUCGCGAUACCUUAUACCCUCGGGAUAAUCGCAGACAAAGUCACAUCUGGAUCUGCACCUGUCCAAGAGCUUCUGGUUUUCCUUGGUCUCGACGUUCUGCACGGCUCUUCAGGCCUCGGUCUCAUUCAGGAUCUAUCGAAAAUUCCCAUCAAGCAGUUCUCGUAUAAAAGGCUUACCAACGCCGCCUUCAAUCAUGUCAUGGCACAAUCGAUCGACUUUCAUUCAACACAGGAUUCAGCCGAGAUAAUGAAGGCGGUCGAGCAAGGAGAAGCUGUGGGCAACGUGCUAGAGUCCGUGGUUUUUGACAUCGCACCACCCUUGAUCGAUGUUAUUGUUGCCUGCACUAUCUUCUACCAAAGAUUCGGACCUGCAGUGGCAAUGGUACUGUUUGGCGCGUCAGUGGCCUACUUGGUUUUGGAAACUUCUUCAACCCGACUCACAACUGACGACCGGAGGAAGCUGACGAAGGCAGCGCGAGUCGAGACUCGUAAGAUACAUCAAGCGAUCCAAGGAUGGCAGACCGUGGUCUACUUCAACCAAUUCCAUCGUGAGACUCGGAACCUGGCCGGUGCAGUGUCUGAACACAUGAAGGCCAAGACGCGAUUUGAGGCGCGACAAGCGCUCAUCCAAGCCCUGGUGGAAUUGUUUGUACCUGUCACUUUCUUCACACUGGCCUACCUGGUUCUACGACACAUCGCUGCCGGAACAGCAUCACCGGGAGACUUUGUCUUUUUCUUGACGUAUUGGGAUUCAAUCAUUUACCCACUGAAGUUCCUGACAGAGCACUUCCGCUGGCUCGUGAGCGACUUUGUCGACGCCGAGAGACUCCUUUUUCUUCUCAAGACUAAGCCAUCGAUCGUCGACGCGCCCGAGGCGUUGCCCCUUGCCCCUUGUGUCAAUGAAGUUCGUUUUGAUGAGGUUUCUUUCCAGUACGAAGAAGGCCGUUACGCACUACAAGACAUCUCGUUUACCGCCUCGGCGGGACAAGUUGUCGCGCUCGUUGGUGAAACAGGUGCCGGCAAGUCGUCAAUACUAAAACUGCUCUUGCGUAUGCACGACAUCACAGCUGGCAGUAUUACCUUCUCAAAUCAGGAUAUACGGGAUGUUACGAUCAGUUCCAUUCGCAAUGCUGUAAGCGUUGUCCCCCAGACUCCGAUGUUUUUCAAUGCGCCCAUCAUAGAGAAUGUGCGGUAUGCGCGCAGCACAGCAACUGAUGAAGAUGUACACGAGGCGUGUCGCGCAGCUGCUAUACACGACACUAUCAUGCGUUACCCAGAAAGCUAUGAUACGCAAGUUGGUGAGCGCGGAGUCAAGCUGUCGGGAGGUGAGGCGCAGAGAUUGGCAAUCGCACGGGCAUUGCUCAAGAAUGCACCAAUUGUGCUGUUAGACGAAGCAACUAGUGCUGUUGACACAAUUACAGAAGGGCGAAUCAAAAGCGUGUUAGGGAAUCUUCGGCGGGGGAGGAUUUGGAUAGUAAUUGCACACCGACUCAGCACUAUUGUAGAUGCCGACCAGAUCUUAGUGUUACACGAGGGCCGUUUGGUUGAGAAGGGGAGCCAUGCUGAGUUAUGCGAGAAAAGGGGAAGAUACUGGAAGCUUUGGGAACAGUCUUAGAGCAUCAUAUUGCCGAUAACAUAUUGAGUUCUACACGGUUUCAGCCACCGCCUACGCACUUAUGCCUAGUAAAGCAGUCAUUGCAAACAGAGAGCACUGUGCGAAUGUUCUCUUCGUUGCUUCGCUAUGAUCGUUGUGGCAGUCUGCCUCCAUCUCCGUUUAACGUAACUAGGUAUAGAAUAGAGCG